AUGCUGGACAUGAGUGAGGCCCGUGCCCAGCCGCCCUGCAGCCCGUCCGGCACCGCUGGCUCCAUGUCGCACGUGGAAGACUCGGACUCGGACGCGCCGCCGUCACCCGCCGGCUCGGAGGGCCCGGGCCGCGCAGCGGGCACCGGGGGCGGUGGGCGCGGCGGCGCGGCGGAGACAGCAGAUGAGCGCUUCCCGGCCUGCAUCCGCGACGCCGUGUCGCAGGUGCUCAAGGGCUACGACUGGAGCCUGGUGCCGAUGCCCGUGCGUGGCGGCGGCGGCGGCGCGCUAAAGGCCAAGCCACACGUGAAGCGGCCCAUGAACGCCUUCAUGGUGUGGGCGCAGGCAGCGCGUCGUAAACUGGCUGACCAGUACCCGCACCUGCACAACGCUGAGCUCAGCAAGACACUGGGCAAGCUGUGGCGCUUGCUGAGUGAGAGUGAGAAGCGCCCAUUUGUGGAGGAGGCUGAGCGGCUUCGUGUCCAGCACAAGAAGGACCAUCCAGACUACAAGUACCAGCCACGCCGGAGGAAGAGUGUGAAAACUGGUCAGAGUGACUCAGACUCAGGGGCUGAGCUGGGCCACCAUCCCAGUGGUACCAUGUACAAAGUGGACACAGGCCUCAGUGAUACACAUCACCAUGGUGACCACACGGGCCAGACCCACGGGCCGCCCACCCCACCCACCACCCCGAAGACUGACCUGCACCACACAGGCACUACCGGGGGCAAGCAAGAGCUGAAGCUAGAGGGGCGCCGCCUGGUGGAUAAUGGGCGUCAGAACAUUGACUUCAGCAACGUGGACAUUUCGGAGCUCAGUAGCGAGGUCAUCAGUGGCAUGGACGCCUUCGACGUCCAUGAGUUCGACCAGUACCUACCCCUCAAUGGCCAUUCGGCCAUGCCCACAGAGCCCAGCCAGGCCACUGGCCCUGGCUCCUACGGGGGUGCCUCUUAUUCCCAUUCUGGGGCAGCUGGUGUUGGGGCAUCUUCUGUGUGGGCCCACAAGGGAACCCCAUCAACCUCGGCAUCACCCACUGAAGCAGGACCCCUGAGGCCUCAUAUCAAGACGGAGCAGCUGAGCCCCAGCCACUACAAUGACCAGUCACAUGGCUCACCCAGUCGAUCUGACUACAGCUCCUACAGUACCCAGGCCAGUGUUACUUCAGCUACCCCUGCUGGGGCUGCCAGCUCUUUUGCCAGUGCACAGUGUGACUACACUGACCUGCAGGCCUCCAACUACUAUGGUCCCUACCCCGGCUAUCCUCCUGGCCUCUACCAGUACCCUUACUUUCACUCUUCCCGUCGGCCCUAUGCCUCACCGCUACUCAAUGGUCUGUCUAUGCCGCCCGCCCAUAGCCCCAGCAGCACCUGGGACCAGCCUGUGUACACCACCCUGACCCGGCCCUGAGGCACUGCACUCUGGGGGAUGUGGGGGACCAGUAUCAGCAGAAGAUGACUAGGUCUCCAGGGACCUCCAGAGGGUGUGUAUUAGCAAGGGGGAGGCAGCCAGUGUGGCCAUGCUUCAAGUGCCUGCUGAAGUCUGUGGAAAGCCAGGCUUUGUCACCGGAUAUCCCAUUGCCUCUAGAUCUCCAUGCUUUCACCAGCGGACACUGUUGUUUCCUUCUUCUGUCUGGUGACUGGUGAUUCCAAAAUGGUCGACCAUUCAGUAUUUCCUAGAGACCAGCACCUCCACUUUGCAUCUAAGUAGAUGAGAGUUGACAGCCACAAUGCAGAGGACAAAGGAGGGAAGGGCCUGAGGUCCCUAGGCCGAGCAUAUUUUGAGGUACCGGCCAAUUCCAGUGCCAAGCACCCAAGGGAUCAAGGGAUGGUGUUCCUGCAGCAACAGCAUGUCUGUGGACUCAGGCUAUAUCCAGUCGGGUGUCUUUGGAACCAGAUGGGAGAUUGAGGUAUCCCUUGAACUCAGAGUUCUGCU